AGUUGAGACUCCGCCCUCGCCGCCGAAGCAAGUCCUCUACUCCGCCUGCCCCUAGUCCCCAAACCCAAGCGAAGCCGCGGCGGCCGCAGCGGAGAGCGCAGAUGCUGCAGUUCCCGGCGCUGAUGCGGCAGUGGCCGUCGCCGCCGCUGAUCCCGGCGUCAACGCUGCUCCCCGUGCCGGCCACCUCCCAUGAGGACGAGCUCCUCCUCGCCAUGGCGGAGUCCGACCUCGAGGAUAAGCUGAACGAGAUCCGGAAGACCAACAGCAACCUGGUGAUCAUCGGAAAGCCCACGGGCGACACCAAGGAGGAGUACGACGCUGAGGUGGAGGACGAAGAUGCCGACAACGUCGAGGAGUCAGACGGCGACGACUUCGACCAGGAAACCGGCUGACCCGGGCGGUUCCUCCGUGCUUAGCCGGCGGCCUGGAGCCACGCCGUCCCCGCUGCCCAGUCUGUAUUACGCGAUCCCCGAUUGGCUCCUGCUAUCUAGAUGUGCUGUGUUACCCUAUCCUGCUGCUGCCUGUUAUGAGGAUUUGAGAAAGUCCCUUGUCAUUUCACUCAUGUGGGCGUUGUGUAUGAAAUUAGAUGAUUAAUGCUACUUGGUCUUAUCUAAAAUGCAGAUAGUAGUUUAGUUUCCUCA